AUGUUCGGAGUACAUUCUAGCAGCAAUAACGGUGGGUUUACAAACCUCACAUCGCAGCAACCACAAACGAACCAGAUUUUUCAACCACAGCCACAAUCACAGCAACCACAGCAACAGCUGCAACAACGCUCGCAGGUCAAUGCAUCUCUCGGCCCUGGCCCUUCGCAGUUUGGCACGUCAUUUAACAAUAAUAACAUAAACAUUAACAACAAUAGUAGUAGCAUUAGUAAUAAUAGCAUUAACAAUAAUAACAAUAUAAACAACAGCAGCAGUAGUAUAAGCCAACAGAGCCAGGGAAAUAACCCUAGUUGGGUUAAUAAUCCGAAAAAGAGAUCUACUCCUCACACGGUGAUGAGGAGGAAAACAACAAAGCAAAACUCUUCAUCUGAUAUUAACCAGAAGGAUGAUUCGUCACCCAUAAACAUCACAAUGAGGAGUUUUAGCAAGCAGAACCAGGACUCCAAACAAAAUGACAGUAACAAAUCAGGAGCAAAUAAUGAUCUGAAUUCUUUUUUGUCGAGUUUUAACGACACUCCACCCACCGUCACUCUACAAGACUGGCAACGGGAAGAUGAGUUUGGUUCUAUUCCAUCUUUGACAACGCAAUUCGUCUCUAAUAAAUGCCCAACCAAAAAAUUGAAAAAUCCAUCUUAUGACUCCAAGAAUACUCCGAAUGUCUUUGAUAAAGAUUCAUACGUCAGAAUAGCAAACAUUGAAAACAACGAUUUGGAUAAUAACAACGCCAUCACCGAUACUAGCAAUGGCGGUGCUCAUGAAACUUUAGCAUGCAACUCCUUUAAGCCUUCAAACCUAAGCGCAAUUAUCGUAUUUGGCUACCCCGAAUCGAUUUCUAAUCAAGUGAUCAAGCACUUUUCCCAUUUUGGACAUAUCAUGGAAGAUUAUCAGAUAUUAAGGUUAAGUCGUGGAAUCAGCCCCAGCUCAUUCAGAGUAUUUCACAACGACGAUACGGCUAACGAUCAUACCGAUUCUUCUGCCAAUAAAGCCAUCAGUCUGAAAAAUAGGGAUAAUGAAUCAACUAAUAGAAAAUAUCCAAUAUUUACUGGGGAAGGUUGGGUCAAAUUGACCUACAACUGUCCAUCUUCUGCAUUGAGGGCACUACAAGAAAACGGAAGCAUCUAUCACGGUGCCUUAAUUGGUUGUAUCCCGUAUUCCAAAAAUGCAGUAGAACAGCUGGCUGGUUGCAGAAUUGAUAAUAUCGAUGAUAUUGGCGAAUUUAACGUCUCAACGUAUCAAAACUCCUCUACAUCAUCCACCUCAAAUACACCAUCCCCACCAAACGUAUUAUUAACUAACGAUGCUUUUCUAAAUAAGGGAACCAUCACUCCUGCAAUCGAUGUUGGUAAUGGAACACACUUGUCGAAUCCAAAUAUGACCCAUUCUCCGAAUAAGCGAUUAAAUGUUAAAGAUGGCAAGUCGCUCUUCAUUCAAAACACGAGUACAAAUACAAACGCCCCAACACUUUUACAAAGUCUAGAAUCGAAAAUGCGUCAACAGGAGGAGAAAUAUAAAAAUAAUGAACCCGCUGGACUCAUACAUAAACUAAAUAAUUGGUUAUUUGGCUGGAACGAUCUAUAA